CCUGGUACAGAACAUAAUCUGGAGAAGUAGUUGGAGACGAGUGCAUAACAACGCCACCCUCAAUUUCGAAGUAGUCCUAUAUCGAACCUCAUCUUUCUUGCAAUCACGUUUAGCUGUUAUCGCACUUUUUCCACUAUUCAGACACACAUAGCAAGACGAACGGUGAAACGCAUAGGGGCGCUCACAAAACCGGCUCCUGCCCACCUGCCAGGGGCAUAGGUGAGGAGAGUGUCUAGUUUCAUAUAUGCGAGUUCGACAGUACCGCCCCUCUCCAUUCUUCAAGCCAAGAACGCGGCGGAUCGCGAUUGAGUUGCACUCGCACUCGCCCUCGCAAUAUUUGCAGAUUCGUACUCUUGACAGCUAGCGGCGCGAUCAGAACGGCGGCAGUCUUGAGGAAUUUGACUACUCCAUUAUUUGAGAACCUAGUUAUACCUAGUCUAUUGCGAGUACUGGUACGGUUUUUUAUUAUUAUUUUUCAUUUUUAACACCUAGCUCAGAGCUAAGCAUAGACUUGCAAAGAUGAAUCCGCCGUGUGCCAGAUGUAAUAAAGUCGUGUAUCCCACGGAAAAAGUGAACUGCCUGGACAAGUACUGGCAUAAAGGAUGCUUCAGCUGCGAAACCUGCAAAAUGACUCUAAACAUGAAGAAUUACAAAGGCUUUGAAAAGAGACCAUACUGCAAUGUACACUACCCCACGAGUACCUUCACCAGCGUGGUCGACACGCCCGAGAACCUCCGACUCAAAAAACAGAGCCAAAUACAGAGCCAGGUGCUGUAUAAAGAGGAGUUUGAGAAGAGUAAAGGGAAGGUCAGCACUGUGGUCGACACUCCGGAAAUGCUGAGACUCAGGAAGACGCAGGGCCAAAUCAGCAACAUUAAGUACCAUGAGGAGUUUGAGAAGGCCCGAAUGGGAGGAGAGACUCCCCAAAGCCCGACUGCAGUGUAUCAGCCGCCUGCCGAGCCUGUUCGCCAAGCUGCAGCUGCACCUGCCCCUGCCCCCGCACCUGCACAGUCACCGCCACCUAGUGCUGGGAAGCGCUACCGGGCUGUGUACGACUACACUGCUGCUGACAACGACGAGGUGUCGUUCGUGGACGGCGACGUGGUCCUGGACGUGCAGCAGAUCGACGAGGGCUGGAUGUACGGCCGCGUGCAGCGCACGGGCGAGCAGGGCAUGCUGCCCGCCAACUACGUGGAGGCCAUGUGAGGGAGGGAGAGAGAGAGAGAGAGGGAGAGAGAGAGAGAGAGAGAGAGAGAGGGACAGAGGAGGAGAAAGUGAGGGAGAGAAGGAAAAAAAAAACCCCCGUGCCAUCUUGUUUUUAACACGCUUUCUGUUUACUCCCGCCACUCGGUUCGUUCUUGUUCUCUCUCUGCACCCGAAAACCCGCUCGUUCACAUCCGCUCCCCCCCCUCCCCCCUGACCUCCUUCCACUGAAGCAUCCGCCUGUCUGUCUUUGUCCAUCUCGAGGUCAAACGCAGCCACGGGUGACGCCCAAGUCUUAAUGCACACACAGUUGAAGUACAAAUUAUUAAACCCCUCCCCCUAAAGCGCUUCCAGCAGCUAUACAUACGGCAAGCUUCAUAAUAAAAGUCUUAAACGCCUCAGGUGACCGAUCUCCAUGUCACUCAGCAUGCGGUUGCCAUGACAGAAGGGGGCUUUGUGGAGGGGGAGGGGUCUGAAAAUUCUCCCAUGUUGACCUGUAUCCAUAAGGCAUCUCGGUGUAGGAACAUUUUCCAGGAUCAGUUUUUCCUUUUGGCUUCGGUGUAUAGACAGAAGACGCCUGAUCUCAGAUCAGCCCUUAUUCUCCGAGAUGCUUUCUGAACACAGGCUUGGUUCUUCUCGUGUCUGGAACGCUGACUCACUUGCAGCAGCCAGUGCCCACCCACUACUCUUGCUGCGUGGCUAAUCUCCAAUCCGGCCCCAGCCAUUCAGACAGGCAGAUCCACAGGGAAUCGCACCUAAAGUACUUAAUGCAUUCAUCACUAAUACAAGCCAUCGUCUCGAUACAUUCCAUUCAUUCAUCCAUCCUGAUACCCCAUUGCUGUUGCCCGUCUAAUAGAAAGAUUUUAUAUAUUUAUAUCUGUAUUAAUUAUUAUAUAUAUCUAUUACUUGUGGCUAGUGUGUCCAGCACAGCAUUAUGGGUAUUGGAGUAAAACUGGAACUACAUCUUUACUGAGAAACAUCCCAAUUUGGCACUUCGGUUAGACUACUGUGAGAGCUCCAUUAGCUCGUUCCCAUGCCGCUUACUGCAGUGCGGAGACUGCACCCCUCACUGUUAAACUUGAGGAAACAAGAACCAACCAGGGUCAGUGGACGGGGGUAAAUGUCACUCGGACUAAAAUACGUUUUUGUUUUGUUCGUUCUUUUUUUAUCAUCGUGGCGCACUGAGGGACAGAACGGUGGCGGUGCUUCGCAGAUCGUUUGUUGUUUUUGUGCUUGUGGCCUAAAAUGCCUUCAUUUUUGUUAAAGACCAAGAUUUUCUUAUUUUUCUUAUUGGUUGUGGGGUAUCGAAGGGGGGUUGCUGCAGCAUUACUAAAACCCCACCCACAGACCCAAAAAACAAUACUAGUGGAAUCGGGAGGAUGGAAGCUAAGCACAAUUGUGAAAAGAGUAAUUCUCAAUAACUUUUAUCAUUCCGUAGUUUUGUUCUGUUGAGUCGCUGUCCUGUGUUGCAGCCAGGUGUAAUUCCGUGCAGUAAACCGAGCGGACAGGGAUAAAGGUUUUUGUUUGACGUAAUUAUUGUUGCUUUUCGUCAUUCCGGUAUCGUCGUUGUUCGUUGUGGUUUAGUACGUCUUUCUCUUUUUCCAUUACAUUUCUUUCAAGAAAGGGACAGAAUAUAUUAGACCGUUCAAAUGUAUGAAAUGACGAAUCUGGCAGACGUUUCGACUUGCGUCCACAGAAAUAUUCGGGUCUCACCUCACGCUGUAUCUUCGGAAUCUCGGAGUUGUACAUACUUGUGUGUACUGGUCUCCUGUUUACUAAACAUUCCCUAGACUGAGGAAUCCUGUUCACAUUAUUUCUAAGGAUUGAGUGUCCCUUGAUGGCCUUAUUUGCAUAUUAUCAGUUCUCCCCUGGGGGCGGAUAGUUUAAUUUUGAGGGCUGCCUUUACCCGUAAGUUCAGCAAGUGCUGGGUGGAAACUUUGGAUAACAGGAAGUUGCAUCAACCUCAUUAAAAAGUGUGCUUUUCCUGCACGAUUUCACGAAAGCAUCACCCAUACUCUCCAGUGGGUAUUCUGGCUCUAUUCGGGCCACGGCAUCCCCAUGCAUAACGGCCGGUGGGACCACUCGAUCGCUUUCCAGAACAUUCCACACUGAACCUUUUUCAGCAGGAAUGCACCGAUCAGGAACUACCGAUUUUCAGAUUCAAAGCGUCUCAACCACAGUCUGAGGACUCGGGUGUGUCGUAAACACGCACAUCAAAAAAUAAUUCUAUGGGUAAAGCCAAAGGCUAGUGUCUCCCGGAUGCAUUUAACAUCUGCAGAUCUAUUUCCUGAUUAACCAGGAAAAGUCACAUCCCUGUUUGGAGUCAGGAAGAUUAGUGGACACCAGACCUGGGCCAAUACGUUAUGUUUCUACCUUUCUAUGCUUUACUGAGCUUGUCUGGUGUAUUGGAACCUAUAAAAUACUCGCAAAAAGGGCAAACCCCGCCUUCUGGUCCUCUUGGUUGGCUCAAUUUCACCAGGCAAGAUCAAUCGAGCACAGAGGAGUAUUUGAAUCCAAAACAAAUACGCAUUUGGACCAAGUUUGGUGGACACACAACUUAUGUGCAUAUCAAUUAUCUGCUAGAAGCCUCCAUGAGCAUUCACGGGGACUGAAUUAGCAAGGCUGGGGGAGAUAUCUUUGUUUUGGAGGGAAGGUUCAAUUUCUGGGGUUUUACUUCUUUUUUUUAUAUUCAAAUUAUUUUCUCUUUUCCCCUCACUGUUGAGCAUCCUAUUCCCUCCUUCCCUCUUCCCUUCCCUUCUCUUUCAUCAUUGAUUCCUCUUGUGACGCACUGUGAAUGCCGUAGCCGGAACAGGAUUAUAGAAAAAACGAAAAUAUAAAAAAGAUACUUUAUUUUCUGCAGACAAAUAAUGCCUUAGGCUGUAGCUAAAGGGUAUUUGAGAGUUAUGUAUGUAUUUUAAGAAAAUGACAUGAAAUAAACAUAUUUCAUGGGAUCGGGGAUUUCCUGUAAAACUGGGGUGGGAGGGUGUCUAUGUCGAGUAUUGGAAGUUGUAUUGUCUGGGGUGCUUCUGUUUGUUUUAAUGCAGCCCUGUGGCUACAGACACUGGGGAUCAGAGCUUGGGGAUUGUGAUGUCAUUGGCGAAAGUCUGACAAAAUAAAAAUCUAAUAAAAAGCACACUUCCGAAUUUGAGUAUCUGGGUGACUGGCGAUGUCGCUAAUAGCAUGGCGCUGAAAUAUCUUAUCCGCACAGCUGCUAUCCCUUACGAUAAGUAAUAAUCAUUUCCAUAAUCUCUUAUCAAACGACAAUUAACCACAAAUGCAUCGCUCCUCAAAUGUACUCCACGUGGUUCUCAGCACUUAUAGAUCUGAUAUUUUACUGGUGACUGGGUUACGGUUCGCUUAUCAAACGUUGGGAGCUUGCCAAGUGGAAUAGGUCCUCAAAGAUUGUAAAUAUGGGCAACGCAUUGGGAUGAAAUGCAGUAACGAUGCGCUGGGGCAAACGGUUUCGCUGGUUGAAAAUGCAUAUUGUAGCCUAGGACAGUGAUUCUCCCGAAUCGAGUCUCUGAGGUUGUGGGGAUGGGGGCAGGGGUGUUGUUGCUGAAUUAGGAAAACCGUCUAAUAAUAACCUUGCUGUGAUGAAUGGUCUUGGUUUUUCUCUAGUUGUGAGGGAUGGAGUAGUCCGUGAGGUCCGGAAGAUUGUCUAAUUGCGGCUUUCACAGGGAAGUAUCUAUGUGGCGAGCGAGCUGUGCAUACAUCGAGUGUUACAUCAGCUGUGCACUGAGAGACCGGGGUGGAGAAAUGGAGAAUACGUUUUCAUAGCCCUGUCCGGUCAGGAAAAAGGCGGUUAUGAAUGUAUCCAUUCCAAUGUUGCACAAGCUGUCAUGUAGAAGGUGCAACGCUCAUAUAUAUUUUAUGUUGCCUACAUGUUUUUUUCCGGAAUAUAUUCCUCUCCCCUGACCCUAAUGUACCCUGAUGUUGCUGAGGUUUUCCUCAGCCCUUCCUUCCGUCCUCUCCGCUCCGCUUUCCCUGUGAUCGCCCCUGUCCAAUUCUCAUCCCAUUCCAAUGUAUCACCCCUGAUUCAUGUCUACGUUUCAUUUUUUGCUACAACUGCUUUCUUUAAUUUAGUAUUCGGGCUGGAAAAUUGGGGAGGGAAAGGAAUUGAAGAAAUAUAAAAACCUUUAACCAUGCAUUCCAUCUUCAACAAAUUCCUUUUUUUAUAUAGCUAUAUAUACACAAAUUCAUCCAGAUGUUCGAAAACAUUGUCCAACGGUUGAGUUUAAAGAAUAUGACUUGAUUCGCUUCUCUUGUUGUCGUGCGACAGCACUUCAGCUUGUCGUGGCUCAUUCCCCAGAUUCAAUAAAAUUACAUUUUUACCCA